AUGGUCCCCGAACUGCCGAGGGAUUCGACUGCCCCUAAGCCAUCGGCGGACGAGGCGGGCGAGACAAUGACGGCGCCAGCAGGGAACCGUUAUCGCUUGGACUUGGCCCGAUUCCAUUGUUACCGGUCCUUGAUCAAGUCUUUGGGGCCACGAGACGAGAUAUAUUGGUGGUACGCAGCCGGUGCGGAUGGGAAGACAUCGAAUGAACACCGAACCCGAGAUGGUACCGCCCUGUUUGAAGGGAGAGUGGUGGUGGAUGUGGCGGAGCACGUCGAAGUUUGGGAGGCGGACGACAGUGGCGGUGCCAAUUAUUGCAUCAACGCUGCCAUCGAGGCUGCCAAGCUUGGUAAUGACCCCCGAGACGAGUAUAGGUCAACGAACAAAGCGGCUGCCAUUCUGGCUCUCGCCGCCAUUGCAAUGGGAUGGUUAGUCAGGUUGAUCAUCAAUGACGACGACUUCGUGGCCCGAAGAACAGUUGGAUGGGCGACCGCCGGGCUAAUUCGUUCCUGA